AGGUGUCCCGAUCAAUAAGGAGCAAAGACCCGCGGGUCCCCCGGCCCCGUCGGCGCGGGCUCUAACCUCUCACGCAGAAAAAGCGGAGCCUCUCGCGGAGCAUCGCUCCCGUCGCCUGUGUGAGUGCGUUCGAGUUCUCGGUGUGCGUUUUAUUUAAUUUUAGACUCCUUGCACCGGAGUGUUAAGGUUAGAGAUGCCCGGACCGCGGUUUGAGCCUCGCCGCAUGAGCGCCGUGCGCUGAAACGCUGAAACGCUGAAACUCCAGCCGAAAGCGUCUUCCCUCGCCCUCCCGUCAGCUGAUUCCCGCUCCAGGAUGAGUCGGGUCGUGUGAGGUGUUGUGAAGUGCGUGCUCGAGGUGCUACGAACGGAUUACGCUGUCGUCAUGUUCGCCCUGUGGUUUGGAUACUUGGGCUGGCACGAAUGGAGUUUCCUAGGUGCGUCACAGCCCUCUACGUCAGCCCAAAAUGGAACCAAAACUCAGGAUAAAGUUAGCCCCAGCGGACCGCCUGAGCCGUCAAAACCGCCAGCGCCCACCCCAAAAGAGGCACCUCCCCCCAAACCUGCGCCCAUCACGCCCCCACCGCCGAAAUCCUCUCCCAGUCCCCCCAAAACUCCGAAAGAAUCGCCCCCUCCAAAGACUCCACCUAGCUCUCCUCGCCAGGCCCCUGGCAAAGGUCCCCCCGCGAAAACUCCACCGAAAACUCCGCCGGAUACCCCAAAAGCUCCCCCAAGCCCCACCAGAAAAGCCCCCCAACCCCCCAAGGUUCCGCCGAACACUCCACUGAAAGCACCUGAGGAGGGACCCUUUUCAACACCCGCAAAAGAUGACGAUUCUUCAACGAAACCCCAACCGAGCCUACGGCCUGAGCCUGCAUUUAAACCCGCCGGAAUUUCCACGCCAAAAAAGACUGAUCUAUCCACCAAAGGGAUGAAAGAUAGUUCGCUAAGCUUUCUAAGCGCAGAGCAAGGCAUCUA